CACGUGGGACCACAAUGCUUUCAAUCCGACAACUCACAGGGAAGUUAAGGAGACCGUUAUUUCGUGUAAAUCUACCCUCCGCGUAUUCUGCAACUCCAAGAAGAUGGCUUUCGGCAGAAAGCACUAACAACAUGCUCUUGACGGGCGCGCCCCCGCAGGAAAGCCCUCCUGUACCAGAAACCACCCGUGCUGAAAAGACUGUGAAGCGCUUCUGGAAAAUAGUAGACAUGGAGAAAAGAAAAGAAGGAUAUGUCGUGACAUUAGACAAACGCGCCCUCAAAACACCCUCCGGAAACACUCUGUUACUGCCUCAUAACAAAGCCGUGGUGGCUGCCUUGGUCGCUACAGAAUGGGAAAAUCAAGAAACGUUGAUAAAGCCCCAUGCCCUGCCAAUGACGUCCCUUGUGUCGCGAGCUAUUGAUACCUUGUCUGAAAAACAAUCUCGCGAAGAUGUUUGUAACUCGUUAAUAGAGUAUCUCGAAACAGACACGAUAUGUUUUUAUCAAGAUUAUCCGGAGCAUUUGGUGAAACUACAAACCGAAUGUUGGGACCCCAUAUUGUCUUGGAUCGGGAAAACAUAUCAAGUCAAAGUCGAAAAGUCCAAUUCGAUCCUAUUCGACGGCCAAUCGCUAGACACCCGGAAGAAGCUUUCAGAAGCGUUGUCUGGUUUUGACCAGUGGGAAAUGGCUGCGAUGGAGCGUGCGACCUACACGUCAAAGUCCUUCAUGAUCGCUUUAGCAUUGGUUAGAGGACGAUUGAGUGUCGAACAGGCAUCAAAAGCUGCCCGGGUGGAAGUAGAAAGUCAGAUUCAACGAUGGGGAGAGGUCGAAGACACACACGAUGUUGACUUCCAUGACAUCCGCCGUCAGCUUGGUAGCGCAGCCUGUCUCCUCUCAACGGCAAGUGCAUGA